GUGAUGGAAACAGAAAGAUGCGAUUUGUGAAUCGUAAGGGUGUGUAUGUGUUGGAGCAACUUGGAGCAAAUGUCAAACCAGGUGCCAAAGAGACAAGUGCAAUGUACCGUCGCCAGUUAAGCAACUUCAAUAAUCAACCCCAUUUCGAACUUUCUUCAAACAAACAGAAUGGAUAUGCUGGACUCGAGAUGACCUCCAAGAUGGCAACCGUUCGAAAGAACAAGGAAGGAUUCACUCCAAGGCAAGUCAAGGCUGCGAUGGAAGCGAGAAAAGCAAUCAAUCAUGCCGAAGCGAUCUUUGGACCUGAUGCCUCUACAUUGAAAGGCAAGUCAACAAGACCAACUCCAAAGAAGACGUACGACAACUUCUUCAGUCCACCAGAGGAAUUGUAUCAACAGAAUCAAUCUAUUACCGUCUGUAUCGAUCACAUGGAGAUCAAGAAUGCUAAGUUUCUCACCUGCAUUGAUACCACUGUGCGUUAUUGCUCAUGUAUUCCCGUGCAGAACCUGAAGACUGACCCUGAAUUUGAAGCAUUGGAUAAAAUAUUCCGCCGCUACAACAAGGCAGGCUUUCAUGUCAAGACAAUCAAGUGUGAUCGGGCGUUCAUUCCUCUCACAGAUGAUAUGGUGUUGCUAUUGACCCAACUGCAGCUGGAGACCACGAGCCUACCGCUGAGCAAAACAAUAGGACGCUGA